AUGUGCAAGUUCAAAAGAAGCAUUAGUGAAGCUACUUUGUACACUAGAUCUGAUAAUGAAGGAGGUUUAAUCAUUGUCUCAAUCUAUGUUGAUGACAUUGUUUAUACUGGAAACAGUGAGAGGAUGCUUGCUGAGUUUAAAAGGGAGAUGAUGCAGAGAUAUGAAAUGUCAGACCUUGGACUCCUUCAUCACUUCUUGGGCAUGGGAAUACUACAAACUAAUCAAGGGGUUUUCAUUCAUCAAAGCAAGUAUGCCAAAUCCUUGCUUGUGAAGUUUGGGCUUGAAGAUUGCAAACCAGUAUCCAUUCCAUUGCCUACUGGUGAGAGACUCAAGAAAGUGGAUGGAAGUGACUUAGCUGAUGAAGGACUCUACAGAAAGAUAGUAGGAAGUCUACUAUACUUAACAGCAACUAGACCAGAUUUGAUGUAUGCUGCCAGUUUGCUGUCAAGGUUUAUGACUAGUCCUACAAAGAAGCAUAUGGGAGUUGCAAGAAGGGUCCUAAGAUAUGUGCAAGGAACUCUCAACUAUGGCAUUGAGUAUGUGAAGGAUAAGUCUGCAAUUCUCAUUGGAUUCUGUGAUGCAGAUUGGGCAGGCAGUGAGGAUGAUAGCAGGAGCACUUCUAGCUAUGCAUUCAGCUUUGGAAGUGGAGCAUUCUCUUGGGCCUUUGUGAAACAAAAUACAGUGGCACUAUCAACAGCUGAAGCUGAGUAUGUCUCAGCAGCUGAGGUAACAGCACAGGCUAUUUGGUUAAGGUUUGUCCUUGAUGAUUUUGGUGAAAUGCAAACUGAGGCAACACCUAUUUUACGUGACAAUAUGUUAGCAAUUUCUAUGGCCAAUAAUCCAGUUUUUCAUCAAAGGACUAGACACAUAAACAGGAGGUAUCAUUUCAUAAGGGAGGCUCUACAAGAAGAAGUGAUUGACAUGAAAUUCUGCAGAAGUGAAGAACAACUUGCAGAUAUUUUUACAAAGGCACUGCCUAAAGACAGAUUUAAUCAACUAAGGUUGAAACUUGAGUUAAGCCAGUAA